AUGGCCGAGCAAACUCUUCAGUAUGAAUUCAUGCGCUUGGACACAAAGCCAAGCGCGCAGCUUAGUUACAGCUUCACGGCUUCUACCAUUUCUGGGACCGCCAACCCGAGUCUCAUUGUCUUCUUCAAUGGCAUGAUUGCCCCGCAAACAUCAUGGGUCCCGACAAUCACCAAACUCAAGGAGCUUUCCCCUCAAGGCCUUCCCGCUAUCUUGACAUUUGACCGCUUUGGACAGGGUCAGACUACUGAUCGUGACCCUAACGAUGAGGGUGCUACAGAUCCGACGCACGCACAUGACGCCAUGGAUGUUAUUCACGAUGCCCACCAGCUUGUCGUCCAAGUUCUGAAGCAGAAGAUGGGUAUUGACAACCCUGACACGGCUCGGCUCCUACUUAUUGGCAACUCCAUUGGAUGCGCUUUCAGUCGUCUUUAUGCUGCCGAAUAUCCGGGAACCGUGUCAGGUAUCAUGUUUCUUGACAGUGUCUUGACUGAUACGGACUUUGUCUCUGUCUUCCCCGACCCCGACGCAGAAGGAUUCAAUGCAGAUAUCUUGCCACUAGGUGUCACGGCUGACCACCUCCGCACCGCUCGAGAAGAAACUAGAAAGCGAUUUCAUCCCAGCCUUGGAUCCAAAGAAGGCCUGACCCGCAAGAACCUGACUCAACUUCUUCCCAAGGCAGACUUACCUGCUCUGCCCAAGGUGGACGGCAAAGACCCCUACGUUACUGUCUUGGGCCACGACUUUGAGUUCUUCGCGGAGAGAACAGGAACAGAUUACAACACCCCACCUGAAGUCGUGAAUGCUUACUUGAAUCCAUACUGGCAUUAUUACAACGAGGGAUUGGCUCAGCUUACGAUGGCGGAGAAGAGUGAUGGACCUACUCAGGUUCCCGGCGCAGGUCAUUUUAUCCAAGUCAAUAACCCUGAUUUUGUGGCUAAGAAGGCACAUGAGAUGUUGCAAAAGAUUGCAAAGGAGUAA